AUGUCAGCAGUGAAUUCGCGCGAUGGAGGUGACGAGUCCUACUCGAUGUAUCCGAAGAGUUCAUCACCUCCGUUGCCAGCACAGGGUACUAUGCAUUUUCCUACCUACCAGCCUCCCGUUCCUAUAUAUGCAUACCCUCAAAUGCCGUACAUGUACGCGGGACAGACCCCAGGAUAUCCUUUCAACAUGAUGAACCAAAGUCAGAUGCUGUAUCAGGGCAACAGCAGUAUGCCGCAAGGCAGUGGGGGCGGCUCGAAGAAGAAGUGGAAUAACAGCAGCAGUGGCGGGUCCGGGCUGCCUAAUGGCAGCGUAUCGUCGGCCAAGACGCACAAUUAUCAUCACCACCAAGGAAGUGCCACGUUCCAUCCUCUGAACUCGUCCAACGGCGGAUCUCCGGCUGCGAACACGGUUAAUUUGGCUUCCCGGGCAGACCAAUAUAAGUUUGAAAUCUCCAAAUUGGACGGCUCGCCAGCAGGCAGCGAACGCAAAUACCCCUUGUUGUUCAACAGCACGGAGGAGGAGUAUGCUGUCGCCAGUAAUAGGAGAAAUGGGCUUAGAAUGAAAGCGCUGGGAAUAUGCAAUUUCGCAUCGACUCAGAAGGGAGAUGUUAAAGCCGUGGAAGUCGAGGAUAUUGACGCGGCAAGCUCUCCGGUUCACAUCAAUGGCACGAAAACCCCUGUCGAGUCAGAUGUGGUCGCUCAGGUGGCAGGUGAAACCUCUGAGGCCAGCGGUGCUUCGACACCUGAUUUAAGACCCACUGCUGCUGCCCCAGCUACUGUGAAAACGACUCCGAAAUCCUGGUCAGCAAUUGCUUCGGGGGCUAUCUCGAAGAGCAAAUCUUCUGCUGGCUCUGCUACAAGACAGGACGCCUCCAAGCCACUUGUUCAACAACCGGCAUCUGCUCUGGCCCCACAGAAGAAGGACAAAAAAUACAUUCCUCCAUCAACAAAAGGCAUUGAGCCACUGGGAUCCGUUGCAUUGAGGAUGUGUCUUGACCCAGACUACAUUGAUUACACUUUGAAGAACACUAUCUUUGAGAAAAGUCUGCUUGUAAAGUCUAUCGCGCCUAGAGGUAUCAUCAAUAGGGCUAACAUCUGUUUCAUGAGCUCGGUUUUACAGGUGCUGCUGUAUUGCAAACCUUUCAUUAACAUAUUGAACGUUGUCAGUGCUAGAAAAUUGAGCCCAAAAGCGGGAUUGUCCCAGUGUACGCUUCUCGAUGCUUGCGUUAACUUUUAUAAGCAGUUCGACAGAGAAACUUUCGAGCAGGAGAAAAGCUCUGCGUCGAAGGGGAAGCAACAAUCUCCCAAUUCCGUGGCGUCCUUGGCAGAUGCUAUCAAGCCUGAUGAAUUUUACAGUGCUUUGUCGACUAUCCCAAAGUUCAAAGACCUGAAAUGGGGCCAUCAAGAGGAUGCUGAAGAGUUCUUGACUCACUUACUUGAUCAACUGCAUGAAGAGUUCAUCUGUUCCAUCGACUCUUUAACUGACAACGAGAUCCAAAACUUGCUGCAAAGCUUAAACGAUGAAGACUUGAAGAUUUUCUUCAUUCGCAAUUUACCGAGGUACAAGAAAGCUGAAUUUAUCAAGAAUCCGUCAUCAGCUUUAAAGGAGAUGGUGGCUAAAUACGGUACUAUCAACGAGGAUAACGAUGAAGAUGGCAACGGAUGGCAUGAAGUGAGUGGUACGAGCAAAAAGGGAAAGAAAAAUAAAACUGCAGCCAAAAGAACUGUUGAAAUGGAACCGUCCCCCAUGUCCUGCUUAUUUGGUGGGCAGUUUCGCUCUGUUUUAGACAUUCCUAAUAACAAAGAGUCGCAAUCGAUCACGCUGGAUCCCUUUCAGACCAUUCAGUUGGAUAUCUCCGAAAGCUCCGUUAAUGAUUUAGAGACAGCUUUCAAGAAAUUCAGCGAAUUCGAAUUGUUGCCAUUCAAAUCUUCUUCUGGGACUGAUGUUCAAGCCAAAAAACAGACUUUCAUUGACAAGCUACCGCAGGUGUUAUUGAUCCAACUCAAGAGAUUCCAGUUUAUUAGCAACCCAGAUAAAGAUAACGGUAUGGUCAACUACAACGCAUACAAUGGUCGUAUCGAGAAGAUUUGCAAGAAAAUCAACUACGGCCAUGAACUUAUAAUACCAAUCGAGUCGAUAUCCUGCAAGAAUGCCCAGAGAGUUGAAGACAAGCAAUAUAGUUUAUCUGGCAUAAUCUAUCACCAUGGUUCAAGUCCUGAUGGAGGCCACUACACCGCGGAUGUUUAUCACGAUGAGACAGACAAGUGGUAUAGGAUAGACGACGUUAAUAUAACCGAAGUACAAAAGGAUGACGUCUUGAAAGGUGGAGAAGAAGGUCCCGGGUCGAGAACCGCAUAUAUACUGAUGUAUCAAAAGAAGUAA